CGAUGAAAAAAAAACAUUUUAGGAUUUUGGAACUCAAAGAUUAAGAAAAAGAAAAACACAAGAUGACUGUAAGCAGACUGCAUACAGCAAUACCAUUGGUUUCAUGACGUCGGUAAACGCUACGGGACCAUGGAGCAAAGAGUUAUAGUGCCAUGGCAAUGGGAUCCACAGCCACAACCACUCCUUCUGCAGCAACACUGACCUUCUAGUUUCGCCGCGGCGGGCCAGCUUCGGUACAUGCAGCUGAGAGUUGCAGUUGGAAUAGAAGUGUAUGAAGAAGCCGCAGUGCGAGGGUGGUAAUGGCUUCCCCAAACCAUGGUAGCAAGGAGAUGCUCUACCUGGGUAUGGAUUUUGGAAUUUCUGGUGAGAGAUAUGAUGGCGUGGACAAAGAAGGGAUACUUCAUUCUGAAGGGAAAAGAAAGUAUCCAAUUUCCAAGGAAGAAUGAAGAAGAACUGAUGGAUUGGGUGUGUUCAUGGAGAAGAACACUCUUCUCGCUGUUAGGAAGACGUUCCAAGUCAUCUCAGGUUGGUUAUGAUCCUGAGUCGGAAUCCUACCCUCCAUGGGAGCAAGUCGAGUUGAACAAGUGUUCACGGCAGAGGUGGAGCGAAGAACGAGAAGUGGAUGCAGAUCGGGGAGGGUUAUCGGCGUCCCUGUCAGCCGGGCGAUGCAGACUGAAGCUGCUUAUGGAGCUGCAUUGUUGGCCUUCAAGGGUUACCAGAAUGCCGAGUAAAGCAAAUGGUCAACAGGGUUUGGCUUGAAACUAUAGAAUUUUUUGCACUAUAUGAUCAGCCUGGUGAGUACUUGCUUUCAUUUUCUGACCAAAUCAAAAUUUGUUAUUGUCAUUAUACAAAACCAACUUGAUCGAAAACACUCGAAAUCAAUAACAAAAACAACAAACAAACAAACAAACAGAAACAUAACCCAUCAUUCAUAAAAAAAAAAAAAAACAGAAACAUAACCCAUCAACAUUAUUCUAGCUAGUGCCUUGGAUAGAUCGAUAAAAAUUCUUACAAACAGGCCAGGUUACUAUUAUUGAGACGGGCCUAUGAUCCUCGGUGAUUAAGGUGGUGGCUCAAUUGGUCUUCAUGAUAACUUCCAUCACAUAGUUACCUCUGCUAGCGGCUUUCAAUUCACUAUCCUUGAUAUGGACUUCAGGGUGAACCUCGACGCGUUUCGCAAGCUUGUUUGGCUUGAUACCAUGUUCGUAGUUUGAGAUUUGAGGUUGUGCGUCGAAAUCUUUUGCAAAUUGUGGCGAUGAUGAUCGCACCACAUCAGCGUCGUAGUUUGAGAUCUGUGGUUGUGCCUCGAUAUCUUUGACGAACUUGGAUGGACUGGCAAUAUUGCUUCCGUAGCUUGAAAUUUGAGGCUGCGAAUCAAUGUCAUCUCUAACAAACUUCUUCAACUUCGCCUCGUCACCAUAGUUCGAAAUCUGCGGUUGUGGCUCGACGUCUCUCACAAACUUGCCAGUCAGUUUGGUAUCGUCUCCAUAGUUUGAGAUUUGAGGCUGUGCCUCAAUAUCUUUGAUGAACUUGCCCGCGGUUUGCUUGAUAUCAUUACCGUAAUUCGAUAUCUGAGGCUGCGCGUCGAUUUCCAAGACGAAUUUCCCUUCUGCCGGCUUGACAUCGUUCCCAUAGUUUGAGAUCUGAGGUUGUGCCUCGAUCUCCUCGGUGAACUUCACAACGAUGCCGCCGGCGGAGCAUAUUCUCGCCCGCAGUAUCGCAAUGAGCUCCCUUGUGCUCGGAGAGUGACGCUGCCUCCGGCUCGUCAACGACGAGGGACUUGAUUGCUUCCGGCAAGGGCUCAUCUUUCAUCACACUUCUCCAAUACUCCCCUGCCCU